AAUGUUAAAAAUAGAGGAAUAAAAUUACUCAAGACAAUUAAUCAAGUAGGACAAAGAACUAUCAUAAUUUAUAAAAUAUCUAGAGUUACAAAAUGAUGUAACUGAGAAAAACAAAGAGAAAGAAUUUAGGAUGAAACAGAAAGAAUCAAUCAUACUUGGUUAAAGGUCAGAGAUGAAAUAGGCACGUGAAUAUUAAGCUAGACUAAAGUAACUAGAAUUGUCAACAAUCAGGGAGAAAUAUGAUGAAUCUCUAACCAUGAAGAAUAAAGUAAAUAAGAAAUUAAUUUUCAGAGUCUUGAAUAGAGAUUGUAGAAUUAAGAGUAAAAGCAUCAAUAGAUGUUGCAAGAAGCCAAAAUAAAAAGGGAGGAGUAAGCUAAUUUAAGAAGUCUUCAUCUAAGAGACUCAGUUGAUUAGGCUAUUGCAAAGGCAAAUUAAAUUCACUAAGAUAAGGUAGAUUAUUUUAACUAUUAAUAAACACGUAAAGACCAAUUUUUAUCCUAAUUACAAAGCGAAAAGAAUAUAAAAUAACUUGAAAAAUCAAUGAAUUUUUAAAUGAAAUAAGAAUUGAAUGAUUCAAAUUAUAAAAAGGCCUAAGAUAUUUUAAAUGAAAGAAUUUAUAAAACUUUGAAUAAAUUGAAUUAAAAAGAUUCGUUGUCAUAGCAAAUACAAUUAGAAAAUGAGAGGAAAUUAAACAACAAAUUAUUUUCUCAAAAAGCAUCCUUAGAGAAUGGACUAUCAAAUGCGGAUUAUGCAAAGGCAAGGUUUGAAUAGAACUUGAAUAUGAAGAAAUCCAUGACUGAAUAUAAAAUGAAUAAAUUAGAUUAAAUGAUGUAUGAAUCAUUAAAUUAUAGUAUUUUAGAAGGGAGAAGCAGUUGUUAUAAUAAUAGGAAAGGGAAACAAGGGUAAUGGUCGAAAAGAGGAAGAACUAGUUGAAAGAGGAAUUUGAUAGAAAAAUGAACUUGCUUCAAAAAUAACAGUAUUGA